GGGUGGAGUGGGGAGGGCAGGGCACUCUUAUCUGUAUAUGUUCUUUUUGCUUCCCGAUGAAGAAAGUUUUUAUCCCAUGUUGCACUUGGUAACAAAGCCAGCCAAGACUGCCCUCUUCACUAGAACUGGGCACAGUUUGGAAAGAUUCCUUUCUCCUCAACACACUGAAAGUCACUGACUUACCAGACCUGAUAGCCUGUUGAUGUCAUCGUUUCCUGUAGCUACUAAAUCUUAGACUUUUAUAUGAAACUAAACUGGUUUUAAGGAUGCAAGUGAGGUCAAAAGAGAUGGGUCCCAAAGGAGAGGAAGUAUAUUUCUGGGUAAGGCUGAGCCUAAGGUGAGAAGAACACUUACCUUAGGUGCCAGAUGUAAAGAGGUACCAAAAAACUCAGUAAUCAAGAUAAAUACAAUAUUUUUUAAUGCAAAAAAAAAAAAAUCCAUGAUGAACAAAAUAGCAAAAUUUUAAAUAAAGACAGGAUCUGACAGGACCAGGAUUAUGUGAGGGAAAUGUGGCUGAGUCAAGCAAGUAAGGAGUUGAAUCCUGUAUUUAAAAUUUUGCUGUUUUGUUCAUCAUGGAUUUUUUUUUUUUGCAUUUUUAUUUUCUUUUUUAAGUAUUGUAUUAAAAUAGUAUUUAUUCUGAUUACUGUUUUGGUACUCUUUAAAUUUUGUGUUGAAGGUGAGAGCCUUGCUCGCCUAGCCCUAGUGCUGGACCUAUUUCUGGGAUCAUAACGCUGGUGAGACCUCCACCUCCAACAUACACCAAACCACAGGAGGCUCAAGUUCACACCUUGAAGUUGCACAGCUCACCUGGCUGUCCUUUAGGCGUCUAUCUAUAACAUAGGAUUCUGGCCUGGACCAAUAGGAAUGGAAAUACAUCAGGGGUUAUCCCAGAAAAUAAAAACAGGAAAAUUUUGUUUCUCCUGUGGACUGCUGUGUUUGAAUUUGAUCUUGUUACUAGAUUCUAGUUGAUACUUUUGUUUAAAAAAAAAAAUGAGGACAAAUGAACAAAAACAGAAACCUUGUAUCAUGUUUGUUUUUAUUUAUAAGUUAACCAAUCCAAUUCCUUUUGCUCUUUUUUCAAAGAAAAAAUCGAAAUUCUGAGGUGUGGCCUAGGGGUUUGGUAAGAUAGGGCUUUAGACCCAAUAGUUUUUAUUAAGAAAUAAUUUUAUUUGGGAAGGUAACUAUUGAGGCAUUGAAAAACCUCUUCAUUCUAAGAAUGAGGGAUCCUGAAGCAGAGGGUAUUUUUCCACACAGAAGGAGUGAAGUUUGUUUUGCUUUAUUCUUUCAGGGGCUUUGGGUGGGGUGCAAGGAGUGAAGGAAUAAUGCCUGGGAAAUUAAGACAGACUCUGGUUGGUUUGUGGUAUUUUGGGAGGAUGAGGGGGUGGAAGAGGCAAGCCCAUGCAAUUACUGUGUUGGGGAAAAGCAAAGAGGGGUACAUGGGAUUAACUCUAAUAAGCAAAAAUCCCCUAGUUAGAGAGGGGUAUGUGGGUGAAGGGGGAGACAUAUCCCUUAACCCUAGGUGAGGGUGAUACCUUUCAGGCUUAAAUAAGUGCACUUAGUUCUUCUAAUCCAGGGCAUCUGGGGUACCUAGUGAGGUUUGUAAUGAGGGGGAGAUUUUCAGGCUUCUAUUUUUUUACCUUUUGGUUUAAGACAAUGCUAUCCACCCACCCCCUGCAUUCUCCACCCUACCUCCAGUGGAGCAAGGAAGAUACUAUAGGAUGGGCCUCCAGAUUUCUUCCUUAACUCAUGGUAGUUUUAUUGAGAGUUAAUAAGAUUUAACCAAAAGUUUUUCCCUCAUACUGGUUUUUAUCAACAAAAUAAAAAGAUUAUAUAAAAAAAAUUUUUUUUUUUUUUUUAAAUUCUAUCUAUGAAGUGGGAAUGGUGUUAAACUCAGUGCUGUACAAGGCCUGGAAAGGAAGUACACUCCCUCUCUUGUUGGCUCUGUUUCUUAAGUGAAACUAAAGCUCAGACCAAUAAAACAGAAAUUAGCAAUGACUUGGUACUCAGCCCUGCUGGAAAUGGAGCUGGUCCUGAAUGACUUAGAACCUACUUUUACCAUUCUUUUCACUCCUUUCUAAGGAGUCAUGUGUCCAAGGUUCCAGGCACAUUUUUCUGGAGCAUUUCAGAGAUGAUUGCCCAUGAGUUACUUAGACACCUCUGGAGUCUGUGUCCUCUUCUUUCUCCAAAGAGUCCCCCAGACAUACAGCUGCAGGUGAGAAGACAGUAUUAGAAGCCUCUUUAGGCCUGGAAUCACCUACAACACAGAUGUUUCUAAUUUCCUCUUUUCCUCCAGGCCUUCAACAGCAGACUCAGUGAGUCACACAGACACUUGGUCUCUUACAGACGCUCAGUCUGCAAGUCACAGGGUAAUUUGUGCUCUGUACUUAUAUUUGUUAAAACCUGCUGCACCUAGUCGAUUCCCACUCAGCGACCCUAUAUGAUAGAGUAGAAUUGCCCCAUAGGGUUUCCAUGGAGCGGCUGGUGGAUUCGAACUGCCGACUUCUUGGUUAGCAGCCUAAACUCUUAACCACUGUGCCACCAGGUUAAUAAAACAUUUGUUUUGACGUCCCCAUGUGGCCCUUCACUGGCCGCGUGGGUAGGGGGCGGUAGGAAACAGGAUCCGAAGCUGGCGGACUGUAGCUGAGAGGAGUGGGGGUGGGGAGGACCUUGGCCUCUUUCUGUGCUUGUAACCAUCGUGACUCAUCUGGUGAGUCACUGAGCUCCACCUCCCUCCAGCUGCCCCUCCCAGCAGCUUUCAGGCCUGGCACAAACCGGCAACCAGACUAGAAUUCUGAAAAUGGAAAAAUCUGAUACAGCCUCUUGCCUCUCUCCACCCUUGUUUUCAUCCACUAAUCCUCUGCUAAGGAGUCCUCGUGGCGCAGUGGCUAAAGCGCUCAGCUGCCAACCAAAAUGUCGGCGGUUCGAACCCACCAGCUGCUCCUCAGGAGAAUUUCCUUUCCCCAAUGUGGCAGUCUGCUUCCAUAAAGAUUUCCAGCCUCGGAAACCCUAUGGGGCAGCUCUACUGUGCCCUACAAGGUUGCUCUGAGUCGCAGCUGACCACGCAGCAGUGGGUGGGUGAUGGUAAGGCACUGCUAGUGGGUGUGUCUUGGGGGGUUAGAGGCAUUCAUGUUAACCCUCAGCUGCUGCCGCUUUGGCACUCCUGGUUGGGUGCUGAUCCAACCAAUUUAUUUCUCUCUCUUUUGACUUUCACUCAUUUCCUCCGAUGGUUUUUCUCUGUGUUCCUCCGAUGCCCCCACACCUCUAAAUGAUUUAAGACUAGAAUGAGGCUCUUGAAUGAAGGGUAUUGGGGAGAAGGAAUGUGCAUGAGAUUUUUAAGUAGUGGCGCACACCUGUUCCUAUGCUCUUGUUUUCUUAUUGCAACAGACCUUACGAAGAAUUUCCUUCCCCCAAGAGGCUGUGGCUCCUGGAACCCAGGGGCAGGGAGUAGGGAGUAGGGAGUGGUGCUGCGUAGCUUUUAAGGUUUCUAGAAUCAAGCUUCUGGGCCACCUUCCUAGUAGCUGUAUGUCUCUUCAUUCCAGACUGACUCCCUAUCUCAUGGUGUUUUCAUUAGUUCCGUAGUUGCAGCUAAGACAGGGAAUUUUUAAAGCUGAGGCCGGAAGGGUGUGUGCGCUGGGGGGGAGGGAGAAUCGAGUGUCACUUUGGAAAACGGGGCCCCCACCUAAGGAUCGUUGCUUCCGUAUGGACUCAAGAACAAUAAAACAGCAGCUGAUUUAACUUUUUUAUUUUGCAUUUCCUGGCCUUUUCAUGUCUAAAUAUAAUUUUUGCAUUGCGACCCCCCAGUAACCCUCAGCUGCAGUUCGUAUACUCUCCUAGCGCCACCACCCCCCCAUCUUUGCUUCUUGAGUUGCAAAGAGGAGGGAGUGGGAUGGGAUUUUUAAGCUGAACAGAGGUUUUCCAGCCCUCAGCUUUCAAAGUCCUGGACAUGAAUCAUUAAUUUGGAGAUCUGGUUCUGGGUUGGAGGGGGAGGGGUCAUGUACCUGGAAGGGGCUCUAGUUUCCAAUUGGUUGGGGUGUGUGUGUGUGUGUGUGUGUGAGAGAGAGAGAGAGAGAGAGAGAGAGAGAUUGCGAAAUGCGCAGGGUUAUGUGGUAAGAUCUUUUCCUUGGGUCUCCCACCCCCACCGCCAAGACUUGCACCAUACACACCUGUACUUGUGUCUACAUCCUGAAGAUAUUUCAGUUUCUUUCCCUGGUUCUCCACAAUAUCGUUCACAUGACGUAUGUUUCAUGCUUUUUGGAGAAGGAUAUACAAAAACAUCUAACCUGUCCCCUCCCCAAUUCUUGGGUCUCCCCUGACAAAAAUCCCCUGAGGUCCAGUUUUGAUUUUUUCCUCUUCUCAGCCAUUUUUAUUAGGUUUGUUGGGGGAGGCAGUAGGAGGUCUGAACUACUUUUGCAUUCUUCCUCUUUAAGAAGGUUUGUUCAAAAGAGAGCUGAACUUCCCAGAGAAAACAUUACUGAGACAGUACAGAGAAGCAGCCCAAAUUAUCCCGGUUUAAUCAUUGCUAUUACUGCUCCCAUCAGUUUCCAAUGCUCAUGAACAGGAAGAGAAUUGGAUCUGGGGUUAAGAUUAAAAAAAAAAAAAGGAGUCUGGGUAGCUUUCUCCCAGUUCCCCAUUUUUUCCUCUGCUUUUCUCAGGCUCCUCCACUUCCCACUUUUCCAAAAUUGUGUGUAUUCCACUUUAAGGGGCUGGGCAUCUCUCCCGCCCUCUUCAGAGUCGACUGAAGUUUCCGAGGAGACUACUCUGGCUGGACACACCUUUCAAAAGACCCUCAAGUUGUACUCGGUCCGCCUCAAAUGUUCCUUUCCCAUGUGUCCUCCCCUCUGCCCCUCUCCCAGGCUUCCCUCUCCUCAACUCCAAGAUACAGCCUCUUCCCAAAGGGACUGAGCAUCCUCGAGGUUUCCCACCCUUAACUGCUCCGUCCCCGGAUGGAGGCAGAGAAAUGUGGUGGGGGGGCCGGGGCCAGACUUUCAACAUCGCCCCCCAGAAGGAGGAAGCAGAAAUGGGGCUCUCCGGACCAAAGUCUGUCCAAAGGAGCGGGAUGCCGGAGCCCAAGAGCAAUCAGCUUGACAGUUGCCUGGCCUCUGGCUGUCUCCCAGGGGAGCAGAUCCUAGCAUGGGCCCCAGGGGUAAGGAAGGGGCUGGAACCUGAAUUGCCUGGAACACUGAUCUGCACCAACUUGAGGGUCACCUUCCAGCCCUGUGGAUGGCAGCGGGGUCAGGACACUCCCCUGAGCAGUGAGUAUGAUUUUGCCCUGGUCAACAUUGGGCGAUUAGAGGCUGUGAGUGGCCUGUCCAGAGUCCAGCUCCUCCGUCCAGGGUCCCCGCUUAAAUUUAUCCCUGAGGAGAUCCUGAUUCAUGGCCGAGACUUCCGGCUGCUCAGAGUUGGUUUUGAGGCUGGAGGACUAGAACCUCAAGCCUUUCAGGUGACCAUGGCCAUUGUCCAAGCCAGAGCUCAGAGCAGUCAAGCCCAACAGUAUUCAGGGAUAACGCUGAACAAGACUGGCCAGAGUUCUGGCCCCAGAAAACCACCUGUUCCCCUCUUGGAAACAUCAGAAGACUGGGAGGCUGAGCGGAAGAAGCAGGGGGCCAGGGACUGGAGGGUCAGCACUGUCAAUGAGAGGUUCGACAUAGCCACCAGCCUCCCCCGUUACUUCUGGGUCCCUAAUCGAACUCUGGACAGCGAGGUCAGGAGAGCAUUUGGUCACUUCCAUCAGAGCCGUGGACCGCGCCUGUCCUGGCAUCACCCUGGGGGCAGUGAUCUUCUCCGCUGUGGUGGCUUUUAUACAGCCAGUGACCCUAGCAAGGAGGAUAUCAGAGCAACGGAGUCAAUGCUCCAGGCUGGGCAUUCGGAUGUUGUCCUGGUAGACACCAUGGAUGAGCUACCUAGUCUUACAGAUGUCCAGCUUGCCCACUUGAGGCUGAGGGCCCUCUGCCUGCCCGAUUCAUCUGUUACUGAGGAUAAAUGGCUCUCAGCCCUGGAAGGAACUCGAUGGUUAGACUAUGUCAGGUCUUGUCUCCGAAAAGCCAGUGACAUCUCAGUUUUAGUGACCUCCAAAGUUCGCUCUGUAGUACUUCAAGAGCUCGGUGAUCGUGAUCUCAAUGGCCUCCUCUCUUCACUCGUCCAGCUGCUUUCAGCCCCCGAAGCCCGAACAUUGCUUGGCUUUCAAUCACUAGUACAACGAGAGUGGGUGGCAGCUGGACACCCCUUCCUGACCCGGCUUGGGGGAACUGGGGCCAGUGAGGAGGCUCCAGUGUUUCUCCUCUUCCUUGAUUGUGUCUGGCAGCUCCUCCAGCAGUUUCCAGCUGAGUUUGAAUUCUCUGAGUUUUUCCUUCUUGCUCUUCAUGACAGUGUCAGAGUCCCUGACACCCUUACGUUCCUGAGAGAUAAUCCCUGGGAGCGUGGAAAGCAGAGUGGACAGUUCAGCUCCUAUACACAAGUGUACACCCCACGGAACUCCCAGCCCCUACCUGGGAACUCUGUUAACCAGCAGCUCUCUGUCUGGGACUGGGGUUUACGCUACAGCAAUGAACAAAUCCUACAAUUCCAUAAUCCUGGCUAUGACCCAGAGCACUGCCCAGAUUCCUGGCUCCGUAGACGACAGUCACGCUUCAUGGUUCCUGGACCCCCCAGUUCUGUGUGGCUCUUCUCUAGAGGGGCCCUGACACCCCUUAAUCACCUCUGUCCUUGGCGGGACAGUCCCUCCCUACUGGCCGUCUCUUCUCGUUGGCUUCCUCGACUAGCCAUCUCCACUGAAAGCCUGGCUGACCAGGAGUGGGGGCUCCCCUCACAUUGGGGGGCUUGCCCUUUACCCCCAGGGCUACUGCUUCCUGGAAAUCUGGGACCCCAGAUCAGGCUCUGGAAACGCUGCUACCUGAGGGGAAGGCCUGAAGUCCAGAUGGGCCUGUCAGCUCCCACAAUCUCUGGCCUCCAGGAUGAGCUAUCCCAUCUUCAGGAGCUAUUAAGGAAAUGGACGCCAAGACCACCAAGACUAUCUCCUGAAGAUCACUCUAAGAAGAGAGACCCAAAUACCAUUCUCCUCAACCCUGCUGAAACUGCUGGCAUUGUCACAGACAGGGAAGAGGCCUGUCUGGGUUGAGGGAGGGUUCUGUCUAAUCCUGAUUUUUCUUAUCUGGUUUUGCUGCCUCAGCUUCCACACUCCAGCCCUUAAACAAGCUUACUUAGCAGGCCUGAGUUUCCAUUGCAGGGGGUGGCGCUAACCUUCUCCAACUCUUGUCCUGUGUGUUUUGAUUCCUCGAGAUUUUUUGUUUGCUUGUUUCUCGUGAUUUGAAGAAAUCAGUAAACAAAAUCUAUAAUGUGAUCUCCCAUUUUUUUCAAGGCAUUACCACCUCUUUUGGAUAUCAGCUGUUAAAUUGUGAGAUCAGAGAUGCUGGUCAUCAUCCCAACAAGAUGGCCUAGUGACCUCAUUCUUACCCCUCUUGCUGCUUAAUUCCAAUUAAUAUUUCUUAUAGUUCUCCAUGAGAAUGGGGUGGAUAUGGGAGACACCCUGCCUCCUCCAGCUGUGUAUUUUUGCAGUGACAUUUGUAUUUAAAAGGUUGAUUAAAGCACGGUAUUUAUACACGUUGCUGGCAUUUAUCUGAAUAGAUGAUUCUAGGUAGCAAAGAGUGGUGGGUGGAAGGUGGGUGUGACCCAAGAGAGGAAGGCACCCACCAUAUUAUUACGAGAUAAGAGAAUGGAGUCAGGUGAGGGUCUGCAGAAUUCACAUGUAAUUUGGGAAAGGGGUUCAUUUCUCUGUGCCUCCCACUUUAGGGGUAGAUGUGGCAAGAGCUGGGGAGCAUAUCAAGAGUUGUUGUUGGGCUAGUGUGUUCAGGCGGCUGAGACAAGGCUCUGGGCUUCAAUCCCAGCCACCCCUUGGCUUUGGUGUCCCAUCAUCCCCCUGCAAUAACGGCUAGCCGAGCUUCGACGUCACUCCCCGCUCAGACAUUCCGCAAUACCCGCCCGAGGGAAAACAAAAUACCUCAAGCCCAGGCCGGAGCUGUGAAGCCGAAUCUGGCGAGGGCUGCGAGCCAAGGUGGAAGGCAGCCGAGCCCUUGGGCGCGGGUUCCUCAACACUUUUCUGAAGGAAAAAAGAUCACCUGGCUACAAGAUACAUGAAAAGCAGUUUUGUUUCUAGCUUUCAAAUUUACAUUUUCGGGAGCAGCUGCAUGGUUUAACCUCUAGCACUGCUUUACGGGGUCUGAACGUUUCCGUUUCCCCUCCCAGCUCGGGCGCUCGCAGGCGCGGCCCGGAGCAAGACCAACACCCCACAGCAAGAGUAUCCCAAGCCGCGCCCAAUCUCGGCGCCUCCUAAGAUGGCUCCGGCCGCUUCCGGCUCC